GCUUAGCUGUGACAGCGAUUAUAUAACCUUCGCUGAAGCCGUUCCGAUCUCACGCAUCGAGUGUUGACGACCUGAUAUCGUCACACGAGAGCCUUAGCGCUGUCCGCCUUCAAGCCUUCUAGCUUUCCUAGCCUUCUUUUUGUUUUUGUCUUAGCAACUUCGCCAUCAUGCGUGAGUGCAUCUCUGUCCACAUCGGCCAGGCCGGUAUUCAGGUCGGCAACGCCUGCUGGGAGCUCUACUGCCUGGAGCAUGGCAUCCAGCCUGAUGGCCAGCUUAUGACCGGCGAGAAGACCUGCGGAGGAGGCGACGACGCCUUCAACACCUUCUUCAGCGAGACUGGCGCUGGCAAGCACGUCCCCCGCGCUGUGUUCCUGGAUCUGGAGCCCACUGUGAUUGACGAAGUCAGGACCGGUGCCUACAGGCAGCUCUUCCACCCCGAGCAGCUCAUUUCCGGCAAGGAAGAUGCUGCCAAUAACUUUGCCCGUGGUCACUAUACCAUUGGCAAGGAGAUUGUUGACCUGUGCCUGGACCGCAUCCGCAAGCUCGCCGACAACUGCACUGGUCUCCAGGGCUUCCUGGUCUUCAACGCCGUCGGCGGUGGUACCGGCUCCGGUCUCGGCUCCCUCCUCCUGGAGCGUCUGUCCGUCGACUACGGCAAGAAGUCUAAGCUCGGCUUCACGGUCUACCCCUCUCCUCAGGUGUCGACCUCCGUGGUUGAGCCCUACAACUCCGUGCUCUCCACCCACUCCCUGCUGGAGCACACAGAUGUCGCCGUUCUCCUCGACAACGAGGCUAUCUACGACAUCUGCCGCCGCUCCCUGGACAUCGAGCGUCCCACCUACACCAACCUGAACCGCCUCGUGUCUCAGGUCAUCUCUUCCCUGACUGCCUCCCUCCGCUUCGACGGAGCCCUCAACGUCGACGUUACGGAGUUCCAGACUAACCUGGUGCCCUACCCUCGCAUCCACUUCAUGCUUUCUUCGUACGCGCCGGUCAUCUCUGCCGAGAAGGCGUACCACGAGCAGCUGUCCGUGGCUGAGAUCACCAACAGCGCGUUCGAGCCUUCCAGCAUGAUGGCCAAGUGCGAUCCUCGCCACGGCAAGUAUAUGGCCUGCUGCCUCAUGUUCCGCGGUGACGUUGUUCCCAAGGAUGUCAACGCUGCCGUUGCUACCAUCAAGACCAAGAGGACCAUCCAGUUCGUCGACUGGUGUCCUACCGGCUUCAAGUGCGGCAUCAACUACCAGCCCCCCACCGUGGUGCCUGGUGGCGAUCUCGCCAAGGUGCAGCGUGCCGUGUGCAUGAUCUCCAACUCGACCUCCGUGGCCGAGGUGUUCAGCCGUAUCGACCACAAGUUCGAUCUCAUGUACGCGAAGCGUGCGUUCGUCCACUGGUAUGUCGGUGAGGGUAUGGAGGAGGGCGAGUUCUCUGAGGCCCGCGAGGAUCUGGCUGCGCUGGAGAAGGAUUAUGAGGAAGUCGGUGCUGACUCCACUGAGCCUGGUGAUGAUGAGAACGAGGAGUACUAGCUAGCUGUAUAGUUCAUACCCUGCGCCAGACUUGUAAUUUGAUACUGCAAUGUAGUUACUGUUUGCCGUCUCAAGGAUACUCGCAAGGCAAUGAUCAGCAAUGAACAGACAAACCUGGU